GAGAGGGCUUUGGAUACAGGCAUUUUGAAAUGCCAAACCCGGGAAAAGACUUGUAGGUUUUUGUGUAGCUGGGCUGAUGCUUGGCCGGAGGAGAGCGAGAUGGUCGGGCGAUUGAGGGGCACUAGAGUGAGUCACCUUCCUGCCACCAUGCACGACAGGAUUGACUGGACGCUGAUCUCGGCUUUCGUUGAGCGAUGGCAGCCGGAUACGAACUCGUUCCACCUUCCGUUCGGUGAGAUGACGAUCAUGUUGCAUGACGUCGAGGCCAUCCUUGGGAUUCCCGUGGAGGGAAACCGAGCAUCUGUCGUCACUGAUGCGGAUCAGGCAGAUUUACUAGCGGAGCUGUUGGCGGUGGAUAGGGCUGCGCUGUACACAUCGGCACUUGGUGUGUGGGAUCACGGCGGCGUUAAGAUCGCAGCCGUCUUGCAGCGAUGUUUGCACCCUACGGCACGUAGGACGCAGGACACACAGCUGGCUGCAUAUGUUUUUCUUCUUCUCGGGUGUACCUUGUUUCCGGAUAAGAGCGGGAACAAGCUCAGGCCACGCGACAUAGUUGACGCGUGUGAGCCCGACAGAGUAGGCCAGUUUUCUUGGGGGUCGGCUACGCGACAUACCUUGUUUCCAAGUUGUCCCACCUCCACCGGCAUGGCCCAGUAAGGCGGUACGAUCUGCGUCGUCGAAGGAGUACGUCGUCCAAUGGCCGGCAAACAUGAUAUCCAUGUGGGAGCAGUUUCCGAUGGUUGCCCGCCUAUGGACGGCGGAGCUGCAGCGGCCGCCAAGUGGGGUGACUGCCAUGUGUGACCAGCACUACAUGGAAUGGUACAUCCGGCACUCGCACCCGAGGUUGAUCAAAGACAUCGACGACGCAGAUGAUGACGAUGUGCCACCUGCCACUGUCUCUUAUGCGUGGAUGGGCAAGAUUAUGCAGUUGGGACACCGACUUUUUGAGGAAAGGGACUGCAUGACGAGUGCAUCAGGCAGAGCUGUUAUUGACGACCGUGGAGAAUCUUAAAUAUGAAAUGGCCA